AUGCUGAUCCUGACGUGCCCGGCCCACCUGCAGCGCCUGGAGGAAGCCCUGCGGAGGAGCCUGCCUGCCACUCUGCCGGUCCUGGGGGCCGUGAUGACGGUGGCCCGGGGGAACCCGGCUGCCCACGAGGUGCUGGUGGACUCCUGGCCCCAUUUCAGCGUCGUCUUGACCCGCCUGCGUCCAGAGGAACACAAGGACCCCGGGGACUUCUACACCAACCAGCUGACGGUUUAUUACCGGGACGAGGGGGCUUGGCGGGCACUGCUGGGGGGCACCGAGGCGGUGGGCUGGACCCAAGCCUUCCAGAUACAGGGGAUGCAGGAGGGGAUGUACGAGGCCGUGCGGGAGGCGGUUGGUGCCAAGGGGCUGCGGUUGGAGACGUAUCGGUACCAGGCGCUGCUGAGCCCCCGGCCCCCCCAGCCCCGCGGGCAGGUGCCACCCGGCCUCCGCCUGUCCCCCGUGUCCCCCUCCCACAUCUCGCUGCUCAACGCCACGUGGGCCUGGGGGGGCAACGCCCGCAGCCGGCGGUUCCUGGAGGGGCUGGUGCGGUCCCUGCCCAGCGCCUGCCUGCUGACACCCCAGGGGCACCCCGUUUCCUGGAGCCUCCUGGAUCCCCUGGGCUGCCUGAGCCAUGGCUACACGUUGCCGGCUUGGCGCGGGCAGGGCCUGAGCGGGGUGACACUGGGUGCCCUGGGCCGGCACCUGUAUGCCCGCGGGUUCCCCAUUUAUUGCGGGGUGCUGCCCCACAACACCCCCUCGCAGCGAGCCGUCCGCGCCGUCGGCUUCCUGCCCCAGCCUGGCACCUUCUACACUUUGGUGGUCACUCACCCCUCCCAGUAAUGCCCAGGGGGAUGGGGAUAUGGCGGGGGACACACACACACACAUCCAAAGCCUUGGGGAUGGGGUAUCGGUUGGUUUUGGGGGGGGCUGGAUGUCCCCAGGAUGGGGGUUUGAGGACACCCGUGAGCAGAGGAGCCAUCCACGACAGGGUAACAGGGGAUAAAGUGGGGUUACUUGCCCCCCCCACCCAGGGAGGGAAAAC